AAUCAGCACCAAAUCUUGGUGACAGAGACAUGAGAAUACGGAAGGACAUGAGACUUUUUUAGAUUAACUUUCUAUUUUUACUCUCUCUUACACAAAAAUAUGCAGACAAACAAUUUUGGAAGUUUUUUAUUUAUUUUGAUGAAGCAAACCCCAAAACCCAAACCCAAAUCCAUCUCUAAACCAAGAUUCUUAAUUCUUAGCAAUCCAAAAACAAAAGACAUCGAUCUAACUAAUUACUUUUCCUUCCACCCACAGUUUUCUUCUCUGUUCAACUUCUUCAUAGAUUCUUAUUCUUCUUAAACCAUAAUCUUCGUAACUUUUGAUCACUUUUUUCUAAUCACAGGUUCAUAAUCAUGUUGGAAGAAGAAAGACUAACAAGAGCAAUUGAACAAGGAAUGAAACUAUCGAAAAGAAUAUAUUAUGGUAAAGGAGAAAACGAUCCUAGCAAAAAUUACUCUACUGUUUCACCUCCACAACAACAAUCUUCAAUGGAUAAGAAUAAUAUCUGAUCCAUCAAUGGUUGAUAAUCCUGAUAUACCAAGUUUUCAACCACAUAUACAUGGAAAAUGUGUUCCUUCAGCUUUGAUUCCUCUUCAUAUGAAACAAAUUUCAAUGGAAAUUCAUUGUUCUCUAGAUACUGCUUUUGUUACUAUCGUCGGGGUAUGGAGGGUUCAUUGUGUUAAGCGGAAUCGGAGCUGUUUUUGUCGGUUGAUUGUGCCCAUGACAGAACAGGGUUCAGUUCUAGGUGUUGAGGUCGAUGUUAAUGGAAGACAAUACACAACUCAGCUAAUCCCCAUAAAAGAAAAUAUGGAUACUGGGAAACUAGCGAAAUCCCACCGUGGAGGCUUCUUAACACCUCAAAUGUUUGCCACAACAAUACCGCAGGUUGAAGGUGGUUCAAAUAUUUUAGUCAAAAUCAAUUGGUCACAGAAGUUGUCAUUUAAUAGUGGGCAGUUCUCACUCAGCAUACCAUUCAAGUUUCCCGAAUUCGUAAUUCCUCCUGGAAAGGGAGAUUCCAAAAUCGACAAGAUAAUGUUGAAUGUAGAAUCUGGUACUGGAGCUGAAGUUCUAGGCCUGAAAGCUAGCUAUCCUUUGAAGAUUGUUAGAAAGCAAGUCGGGAGGUUAGAGUGUUCAUAUGAAGCAGAUGUAUCGACAUGGUCACAGACUAAAUUCAAGUUUUCAUAUGCGAUAAGUUGCGCAAUGGUUUCUAAAAGUGACAUAUUGGGUGGGUUGCUGUUACAUUCACCAUCUAAGCAAGACUUGGAUAAAAGAGAGAUGUUCUGCUUUUACCUUUAUCCCGGCAAUAACCAGAGCAAAAAGGUAUUUAGAAAGGAGGUUGUAUUUCUCAUUGAUAUUAGUGGAAGCAUGCAAGGAAGGCCCCUCCAGAGCGUCAAGGACGCGCUGCUUGCAGCCCUAAGGAAACUCAAUCAGGAGGACUCAUUUAGUCUUAUAGCUUUCAGUGGAGAAACUUUCUUAUUCUCGUCAACACUUCAAUUGGCAACCACAGAUACAAUUGAAAAAGCAACUCAAUGGAUGCAAACUUUCGUUGCAGCGGGUGGAACUAACAUUCUACAACCCCUGAGUCAAGCAAUGGAGAUGCUAUCUAAUGUAUUUGAUUCAGACUCAAUUCCUCACAUCUUUCUCAUUACUGAUGGAAGUGUUGAAAACGAAAAACACAUAUGUGAACUUAUAAGAAAUCAAGUGACAACUAAAGGAUCAAGGUUCCCACGUAUUUCCACAUUUGGUAUAGGUACACACUGUAACCAUUAUUUCUUGCAAAUGCUUGCACUAAUCAGCAAAGGUCAUUACGGUGCUGCAUUACAUCCAGAUCUUAUUGAAAUUCAAUUCCAAAGACUAUAUGCUACAGCUUCAUCUACAGUUCUUGCAAACAUAGUCGUUGAUAAAUUAUAUAAUUUGGAUGCAAUUGAGGUUUAUCCUCGCUAUAUUCCGGAUCUUUCCUGUGGAAACCCAUUGAUAGUAUCCGGAAGAUAUAAAGGGGAAUUUCCAGAUUCUCUUGAAGUCAGUGGUUUCUUAUCAGAUAUGAGUAACUUCACAAUAAACUUGAAGGCACAAAGUGCAAAGGGAAUCUCUCUUGACAGAGUAGUUGCAAAGAAACAGAUCGACUUACUCACAGCUCAAGCGUGGCUUUCACAAAGUAAAGAACUCGAGGAGAAGGUUUCACAAAUGAGCAUACACAGUGGUGUUCCAUCUGAAUACACUCGAAUGAUCUUAUCUCAACCCGAAAGAGAAACGCUAGCAUUUGAGUCAGUUGGAUUACAAGAGGUUCACAAAGUUAACCUUGAAAAGCUUGUAGAUUCGAAAGGACACAAAAUAAUGUUGCUAAGAAGUUUGGGUUAUGGAUUUGGUAACAUAAACGCCACUGCAGAAAAUGUUUUUCCAAGAUUUGGAGAUCCAUUAUUCCCUGAUUCUGCAUCAGACCCUAUCACCAAGGCCGCUUCAACCUUUUGCGCCCAGUACUGUGAUUGUUGUUGUUGUGCGUGCUUAAUCCGGGCUUGUGCUCACCUUAAUAAUCAAUGUGCGGUUGUUCUUUCUCAGUUUAUUACCGCAUUAACAUGUUUUGGAUGCCUCGAAUGUUGCGUGGAUUUGUGCUGUGACUUCUAAUGGUAAAAGAAAAAUUUGUACUUCCAUUUGUUCAUGCAAACAGAUUCAACUGAUAGGUACGAGAAAAGCCACAAAAGCAUUACGAAAGUUUGUAAA